UUCCAUUCUCUCUGCCCCUCUUUUCCAUAUUUCUUGUUCAUUUGUCCAUUUCUCAGUUUUAUUCUGCCCUCGGGAUCUGGUCCUAGCGACAGCAAAAGACAACCAAAUUCAACGUCUCCAGUUCCCGAGGAUACAAAAUUUGAACUUCUUUUUUUUGUUUUUUGUCUUUUCUUGUCUAUUCUAUUUGUCUUUUCUGCAGUUUUUUCCUACUGCUGUUACACACUUUUCUUCUUCUUGGAGAUCGCUAACUCCUUGAUUCUGUGCUGGCAAAAAAAGAUCGACUCUGCUCACUGCUCAGAUCUGUGCAUUCGGAAAUUAAGGCUAUACAUUUGAGUGAGAUGAUGAAUUCUUUCUCACAAGUUCCUCCAGGUUUCAGAUUUCACCCAACUGAUGAAGAACUCGUCGAUUAUUACCUUAGGAAGAAAAUCACCUCAAGAAGGAUUGAUGUUGAUGUUAUUAAAGACAUCGAUCUCUACAAAAUUGAGCCAUGGGAUCUUCAAGAAUUAUGCAGAAUGGGCACAGAAGAACAAAGUGACUGGUACUUCUUCAGCCACAAAGAUAAAAAAUAUCCAACAGGGACAAGAACAAAUAGAGCAACAGCAGCAGGAUUCUGGAAAGCAACAGGAAGGGACAAGGCUAUUUAUUCUAAGCACGACUUGAUUGGCAUGAGGAAGACCUUAGUCUAUUAUAAAGGGAGGGCUCCAAAUGGACAAAAAUCUGACUUUAUUAUGCAUGAAUACCGACUUGAGACUGAUCCAAAUGGUGCUCCUCAGGAAGAAGGAUGGGUUAUAUGUAGAGUGUUCAAGAAGAAAAUAGCAGCUAUUAGGAUGGAUACUAGUGAACAUGGCUCACCAAUUUGGUACGAUGAUCAACUUUCAUUCAUGCCUGACAAUAUGGACUCCCCCAAGCCACAGUACCCUCCCUCUAAUACCUUCACUAACUAUAACCAUCACUAUCCUAAUAAUUACCCUAAUUGCAAGAAGGAACUCGAUAAUUUGCACUACCAAAUCUCACCUCAUCAUCAAAAUCAGCAAUUUCUUCAGCUUCCUCUUUUAGAAAUUAAUUCUAAACUUCUAGCAGCAGCACCUCCUGGAAUAAGUUGCAGCUCAAUGCCAAUGCCAAUAUUUGGCAUUAAUGUUAAUCAAGAACAUAUGCAUCCUACGUUUGGAAACAACGUUAAUAGAGGUUGUACUAAUGACCAAGUUGAGGAUCAAGUGACCGAUUGGCGAGUUCUCGACAAAUUUGUAGCUUCUCAACUUAGUCAAGAAGAGGAGAAUAACUAUUCAAAUGCAGCAAAUGCUCGGGGCGACGACUCAAAUUUGAUGGUCAAUAAUUUGGACAAGCAAGAACUGGCUCCAGAAAAUACCUCCACGGCAUCCUCCAGUUCUCAAAUUGAUUUGUGGAAGUGAGGUGAAAUACACCUAAGUGACGGUAUAUAUACUCAUUAUUAAAGAAAGUACAGUACUUCAUUGAUUGAAAAAUAUCUGAAGAUUAUGUGUACAUAAUAAAUGUAUAGAAACUGUACGACAUUUCUAAUUGUAUUAAGUUAAGAUGACGAUUAACUGAUAGUGAUGGAUGAAGCUAUAGGUCUAUCAUGCAGCUGGCUGUCGCUGUAUGGAGUUGUAAUUUGCAGCAUUGACAUUGUGUAAAGCAUGGCUAUCUUUGUUAUGGUGUCAUAGCCAUUGCUUUGUUUAUAUAGUAUAACCCUGCGGAUUAUUUCCUUGUUUAAAUGUUAUUAAGUGAUAUUAUAGUAAUAAUUAUAACA